AUGCUGAAGGCUCUUCCCGCGCGCUUCCUCGUCUCACCGGAGCCCGGGGGGCGGCGCCGGAGGCCUCGCCCACGAUCUCUACGGCCGAUUUCGGCGGCGCUGAUGACCAACCCCGCGUACUUCGAGGUCGGCAGAUUGUUGGGUAACUAUGGCUUCAUGAACAUCACAAGCUAUUCAUCUUCUCAGUCUGGAGGGCUUCCAAACGAUGCUGUUAAUCAAGACCUUAGUCUUGGAUAUUCACCGGAAGAGAUUGAGCGAUUAAGAGUCCAAGAUGUUGGAGAGGGACAAGUGAAAAUUAGACUUUACGAGGGAAGAGUGGUGCAAGGUCCAUUGAAGGGCACACAAACUGUAUUUAAGGUAUACCCUGGAGCUAUUGCUGGUGCUUCUGAAGCUAAUUUGAUGGCACUGAAUGAGCUGAGGACUCAUGCUUUUCUUCAGAGUGAUGCAAGGGAUAUCUGUGAGAACAUUCAGUUUCUGUUAGGAGCAUUUGAGACAGCUACUGGAGAGCAGUGGCUUGCUUUCCGUGAUGAUGGGAGAUACAGUGCUGCAGACUAUGCAAAAAUAACCAGUGAAAGGCAGUUGAAGGAACGGCCUAAUUUUUGGAAUCCCUAUGAUCGUGCAUACAAAUUGGAACUGAGGAAAUAUUUUGUCCUUAGGCUGCUUAAUGGAGCUAUGUGUGGCCUUGUCCACAUGCACAAUCAUGAUAGACUGCACCAAAGCCUUGGCCCCUCUUCUGUUGUUCUCAACACUGUUGCAGAGAAAAAUGGAUACUAUUUACUUCCACAGCUCCGUGAUUUGGCAUUUUCUGUAGAUAUCGGGUAUUCCUCUGUUGGGGUUGGAGCGUUGUCAGAUGGUCUUUGGCGUCGAGCAUCUGCUGCUGGAGCAUCAACUCCUUUGGAGAAGCGAGCUUUUGGAGUAGCUGAUGACAUAUAUGGAGCUGGGUUGCUUAUUGCAUACAUGGCAUUUAUUCCGUUUUGCGAAGCAGGCAUCAUGGAUAGCAUUUCCUUGCAGAGGCUCUUGGAGAACACUUUCCGUCUCGACAUUUAUGCUGCAAGAGAGUAUGAAUCGCUAGAACAAAACAUGUAUUGCCUGGAAGAUGAUAAAUUGUCGGAAGCUGUAAACUUUCUAGAUUUAGGUGAUGGUGCCGGCUGGGAGUUGCUGCAGGCAAUGCUUAAUCCGGAUUACCGUAAACGACCAAUUGCUGAGGCUGUACUGAACCAUAGGUUUAUUACAGGGGCUCUAUUGUAG